AUGAGCUCUCGAGGCGGAAGGCAAUCAAUGUCGGAGCUACGGUAUCGUCGGCUACUGGAGCACAACCAGCGCCUUCGAGAAGACUUGGCAAGGCCAAGAAUCCGGGUCAGUGAAGCAGCCGCUAGUUUAAUCCGCUACUGCAAGACGACGAAAGACCACCUCGUUCCGUCCGUGUGGGGUCCAGUCACUAAGGCAGACGAUGUAUACGGCCAACAAAAGACUGGAGGUGGUUGUUGUUCGAUACAAUAG